GGAUUCGGGGGUGGAAAGCCGGAAAGAGACGUGGCGGAAGGUAGGGUCUGUGAAAUCCUGUGGCUCACAGCUUGACAGAUCGCCUUAGACGCGCCGGCCGGUGAAGAAAUCGCCACGUCACUGCUAAAGACAUCGGGUAUGGUCAUUCUCUCAUCUUCUCUUUCAUCUAGCUAUAAAACCUCAACUACAUGCAGUAAUUAGCGGUAUGGCCAUCAUCCCAGCUUCGUCUCUUUCACUGAGAAAAGGAAUAAACCCAUCUUCCAUAUUCAAAUUUUCAACUCGAAAUAAGCUUCGAUUUUACAUUCAAAUCAUGGGUUCCAGUUUAAAAUCUGUACCUAAACCCCUUUCUUCUUCAUCAGUGUUCCAGGUUCCCGGGCUAGAUUCCCAUGAAAUAGAUAGCAUUGCUGAGAAAACCUUUGAGAGAUACUCAGUAAAGACGGCAAACAGGAAUGGAAAGGGGAUUGCCAUUGUCUGGUUUAGGAAUGAUUUGAGGGUUUUAGACAAUGAGGCUUUGUUUAAGGCAUGGGUUUCCUCUGAGACGGUUUUGCCAGUGUUUUGUGUUGAUCCUCGUCUCUUUGGAACAACAUAUUGCUUUGGUUUCCCUAAAACUGGAGCAUUAAGAGCACAGUUUCUUAUAGAAUGCUUGGAUGACUUGAGGAAGAAUUUACAGAAGAGGAGCCUCAACCUUCUUAUUCAGCAUGGGAAACCUGAGGAGAUUCUCCCUGCUCUUGCAAAAGAUUUUGGUGCUCACACAGUAUAUGCCCAAAAAGAGACCUGCAGUGAGGAGUUACAAGUUGAGAGAAUGGUCAACAAAGGUCUGCAACAGGUAGCGUUAUCACCAUCUACAAAUGCUAUGAACAAUCCUAAGCUACAACUUUUAUGGGGUAGUACUAUGUAUCACAUGGAUGACCUCCCAUUCAGCAUCAACAGCUUACCUGAUGUAUAUACUCAGUUUCGUAAGUCUGUUGAAGCCAAGUGCAAAAUCAGAGGGUGCAUUAAAAUUCCAGAAUCUCUAGGGCCACCUCCCAGUAUUGAUGACUGGGGGAAUGUUCCUUCAGUUGAGCAGCUGGGACUUCACUCAGAAAAGGCUAGCAAAGGAAUGAGGUUUUCAGGGGGUGAAAGUGCUGCACUGAGCAGAGUAACUGAGUAUUUCUGGAAUAAGGACUUAUUAGGAAUAUACAAGGAGACCAGGAAUGGGAUGUUAGGACCUGAUUACUCAACCAAGUUCUCUCCAUGGCUUGCUUCUGGAAGCCUCUCUCCUCGUUUCAUUCAUGAAGAGGUAAAGAGAUAUGAAAGGGAAAGGCAGGCAAAUGACUCCACAUAUUGGGUGUUGUUUGAGUUGAUUUGGAGAGACUACUUCAGAUUUCUUUCAAUCAAAUAUGGGAGUUCCCUUUUUCAUUUAGGUGGCCCAAGAAAUUUGCAGCACAAAUGGAGUCAAGACCAAAGAUUGUUUGAAUCCUGGAGGAAUGGCUGCACAGGAUAUCCACUGAUAGAUGCCAACAUGAAAGAACUCUCAACCACUGGCUUCAUGUCAAAUCGAGGACGGCAGAUUGUAUGUUCCUUUCUUGUCCGAGACAUGGGUAUUGACUGGCGGAUGGGAGCAGAAUGGUUUGAGACGUGCCUUUUAGACUACGACCCAUGUUCCAAUUAUGGGAACUGGACCUAUGGAGCUGGAGUUGGGAAUGACCCAAGGGAAGAUCGUUAUUUUAGCAUCCCCAAGCAAGCACAAACAUAUGACCCUGAAGGAGAGUUUGUGGCAUAUUGGUUACCUCAGCUACAAACACUUCCAAAAGAAAAGAGGAACUUCCCUGGGGAAUCAUACAUGGAGCAAGUAGUACCUCUCAAAUUCGGUAACACCAGUUUGCACCUUAAUCGCCAAGCCUCGGCUUCUAGGCAAGCCAACUUUGGUAGGAGACAGCAAAUGACAGACAAGAGAUGAAGGAAAAACUUAUAUUUAUUUAUUAAAAAGAGAUGAAACUAAAAAGAGAUUGACAAAGGAAAUGAAAUUAUUAGACUGUUAUUUAUGUUUUUAUUAAUAGAAAAGGUUUUUUUAU